AUGGGGAAUAUCAAGAAGCCCAGAGGAAUCCGACAAGAUCGUCACUGCCACCGGUGUCGAGUCAAGGGCAUUAAAUGCGAUCUUAACCGCCCUCGUUGCCAGCCCUGCCAACAGAAUGGAGUGGCAUGUAGCUAUCCCCAGAGGGUUGUCUGGAUGGGUGACAAGAAAGCCACACCAGAAAUUGCGUUACCAAUAUCGGCAUGCUCGAUAGCAGCAGCCAAUGAUGCAGGUUCAAGUCAAAGUCGGACACAAGACAACAAUCUUCCCAUCAAUCUAUAUGGGUUUAUCGAUCUACUCUCGCAUUGCUACCAAGAGAUUCAAUCAAGCAAGGAAGAACUACCCGAUGAAGUUGUCAAACUCAUUGCUCGCACACUGACCUUCGCUCGGUGUCGUCUCCAAGGAUUGGCCAAUAAACAAUCCAUCCAGACGCAUCUUGGAGCUUUGACAAACCUUAGCAAAGUCAUUGAGUCAGCGCAUCCAAUUGCACUAUUCGGUAUUGCAACUUUCGCAAUUUUUGAAGUAUGCUGUGGUUCCUUUGGUAGAUGGAAUCGUCAUUUACAAGGCGCGCGCUCUCUGCUUGAUCUUCACUGUCGGAACAAGGCCGAACUCGAUGUUCUUGCUGCCCGUAUUCCCGGGUUGGGAGAUGUACUUGCUUAUCUGGUUUGGUUUGACGUGAUGGGCGCACUGGUUCAAAAUAGUGACCUGAUAUUCGACGGUUGGCAACGCAGAAUCUUAUCUUCAAAUUUCUUCGACUCGGUUGGUUGCCCGCCGGAUACAUUUGAGCUCUUUGUUCACCUGGUAAACCGGAACAUUGAUCUCGACGUUUUAGACCUCAGUGCUCGAGCGAUGAAUCAGAUAUUACAUCUAGAUAAUAGUGAGACAGAUCGUGGAUUGUCGGCUUCCGUGUAUAGAUGCACGGGCGCAAUAGUGGCAUUUGGUCGCGCGAAAGAGAACGGGAAGGAAGACAUUCCCAUCUCGAGUCAAUAUUCCGAUGUAUUGUCAAAGAUGGUUGAUCGAGCAUGCGAUAUCAUAGCGAAGAUCCCGACGUCCUCGAGAUUCUACGUGCAUUUAGCCACUCCGGCCUAUUUAACAGGGAUGCAUGCAACCAACACAAGACAAUGUGAGAUUCUACGAGCUUAUUGGCGAAACUGUCAGUUAUGCGACUUUCCGCGCUAUCCGGAUGCACAGGAACAGUGUGAACAAAGAUGGAGGAUCAAGAUGAUCUGA